AUGCCUUCUAGUUAUCCGUUCUGGCUCGGAGGCGUGGGCGCCUCCAUGGCUGCAGCGUGCACACACCCUCUAGAUGUCACUAAAGUCCGCAUGCAAACCCUAGAGACCACACCUGGGGCAAAGCGUCCGUCAACUCUGUCUGUCAUUCGGACGUCAAUCUCGCGGUCAGGAGUUCGAAGCCUGUACGCAGGAUUGACUGCUUCCCUAAUGCGUCAGAUGUCCUAUUCUCUCGUGCGCCUUGGGGCCUAUGAAAAGAUGAAGGCUCAUCUGUCGCAGGACGGAAAACCUUCUACUUUUCGACUGCUCAUUGCUGCCUGUGUGGCUGGAGGACUUGGAGGGCUGGCUGGGAAUCCAGCAGACAUCCUUCUGGUCCGCAUGACGAGUGACUUGGUUAGACCCCCGGAGAAGCGGUACAACUACUCUAAUGCCGUUUCCGGUCUUGUUGCAUUGAUACGAGAAGAAGGCCUCCAAGGUCUUUCACGAGGGCUUGGAACCAACACAUUCCGAGCAGUAUUGAUGAAUGCAUCCCAAGUAGGAUCUUAUGAUUUCUUCAAGACUACUUUACUCGCAAAACCGGUCCCUAUCGUCGACUACCAAUUCCGGGAUGACUUACCCCUUCACUUGGUUUCCAGUUGUGCUGCUGGACUGUUCGCAACGACGGUAUGCUCUCCUGCGGACGUCCUCCGAUCGCGUCUCAUGGCCGCGUCCUGCGAUGCCUCUUUCACACAAGUCUUCAGUCGCUCCCUGAGAGAAGAAGGCGUACGAUUUUUGUUCAAGGGUUGGACACCUGCAUUCGUGCGACUGGGCCCUAAUACUAUCCUCAUGUUCGUAUUCUACGAGGUCGGUCUGCUUCUCCUCUGCAGUAUUCGAGCCAAGCUAACAAAAUUACAGCAACUCAAGAAAGCGUGGAAUAGUCGUGGAUAG